AACCAAUCGCCAGAGCUAAAUUCCUGAAUGACAUCAUGAGCCCUGCCUAUGAAACUUUUGUUAUUUUUUCCCUCAACCAACUUCAGUUGUUCCCACAAACCCGGUGACAGAGAACGCCUUUUAGUUUCCCAGAGCAUAUCAUCAUAUAAUUCAGUAAUCACUGGCUGUUGAGUGACAGAAGAAGGGGAAUCUCAAACAUUUUUAAGACCCCAAGAUUUGUUCUCUCCUUCGUAUUCCUUGUAAACUAGCUCCACAAAGACUCUUUAAAAACAAAACAAAAGAGAAGAUAUUAAGCACUUUGAAAACCUCUGCUUCUUAAAAAUCUGCUCUACUUUCUUAAGUUUCUGCUUUCCUGUUGCCAUGGAGAAGGUCCAGUACAUAACACGCUCCGCUCUGAGGAGAGCCUCUACUAUUGAGGUGAACCCACAAACACGCCAGAGGCUUCAAGAGCUCUUUGUAAAUUUCUGUCUUAUCUUAAUAUGCCUCUUGCUUAUCUGCAUCAUUGUGAUGCUUCUCUGAAGUCCAGCUUCUUUGAUUGAGCUUCACUGCACUAUGCGAUGGGAAAAGCACACCAGAAGGGGAAAAGAACCAAACAUGAAACCUCCAGCACAAGGAAAUCCUUGCAAGGAAGUCCAGCAUUUGGACUAAGCAAUAUCUCACCGGCUGCACUAUGCACUUAUUAGCCACUGCAACCGUGUUAAAAGCACCACUACUGAACAGUGAUGUCAAACCUAUUUUCACAACGCUAUGCAUGAGCUAAACCUAAUUACCCUGCUAAAAAAAGGGAGGUCUUCUGUGGAUGUUGCAGACUAGUGUCUUUGAUUACUGAAUUGAUGUGCUAGUGAAUCAACUAUAAAAUGUUCCAAUAGCAAUCAUGAACUUUUGGUUCCAUAUGUUUUACGUAUCAGUGCCAAUCAGCUUUAAGUAUUUUGGUUUUAUAUUUGAAUAAAAAAUAGGUUGAGAUCAGCCAUGAAUGAGCUAUUAAGAGAUAUACUUAGAUCAUUAUAUUAUCUAAAAAAGAUCUUGUACAACCCACUUUCAGAUCUUGGCUUUUAGGAUUGUUCAUUCAAGCUAUUAUCAACAUUGCUUCAGCAUAUUUAUGACUUAAACCCUGAAAAUGUUAAACCACUACAUGGUCACUGACUUUUCCAUCUGAAAAAUGACCGUAGUAAAUCAACCUGAUACGCAAAUUAUAUAGUUUAACAAUAUCAUUUGUCUAAAACAAUCUGAGCGCAGAAUGGAGAACCAGAUUGUGCCCAAACAUAAAUAUACCUUUAAGUAGUGGUUAUAUGUGCAAAUACUCAAUUUUCUCUCUUGUAUUUUAAAGCCAGUUAAUCUAAGACUGGUGGAAGACACUAGAUUGCUUCCAGACUGUUAUGACAAGUAGAGUGGUUAACACUGAUUUUUGUGAAUAAAAGCACAAGCAAUGGAGCAAACUGUUAUCAAUACUUUUCUCAAACAUAAAAUUAUUAUUAUUUAUUGCAUUUAUAUUCCGCCCCAUAGUCAAUGGUCUCUGGGUGGUUUACAAAGGAUAAAAACUUAAAAACAAUAUACAAAAACUUAAAACCACAAAAACAUACAAAAACAAACCCAGGCUAAAAUUAGGGGAAAGUAUGAACAAAGUCAAUGCUUCGCAUUUUUUGCAGUGCAUAAUGCUAGCUUAAAUAGAAGAAAUAUUCCCAGACUAAAAAGUCUUGAGAUAAAUAUAUUUGGUCAUAUCUUUUUAAUUUUUCUCCUAAAACUGUUCAGAAAACAUAUUUGAUUCAAUGUAGAGAAAAGCCAAAUCAUCUUACUAUGGAUAAUUUUUUAAAAAGAGUUGUACAUGUGAGUUCACACAUACCCGAUGCAUACAUAACGCUCUCAGUUUUCUUAACCUGGCUAAGGAUUUUGAACGGAACUACAGGGCUUUAUG